AUGCACAAAAAAUCCAAAUUAAGCCGCUAUUUAAGGCAGCCAUGUAUACAGCAAGAAAAACUAGAUAUAGAUAUAGAUGAUCAGAUUAGUGUGUCAACAUCCUUACUUAAAAAGAAGAAUCUUCAUAAAGAGCGAAUAGAUGAAAAUUCUAUCUAUAUUAGUUCUUAUAGCAUAUGCUUGCCAGAAAAACUACAAAUAAUUGUGGAUGUUCACCAAGAAUUAAACGGCACAUCUAUAUGCACGCCGUGCAUCUCAUAUAGGGGCAGAGUUUUAAGUGAAUGCGAAUUACAGGAAAAUAAAGAAAUUGUGGAUAUUCAUAAAACAUUAAACAUAGAAUCUCAAGAUAAACCUCAGGCUAUUUCUAUAAAUAAAAAUGAAUAUAGAAAUAGCUUAGACGAAAAGAAUAGAAUUUCAGAUAUUUACAGAGAAAUAAAUAAAGAAUUUGGAUAUAAUCCAUAUAUUUCCACCACCAGCAACGGUUUAUCAGCAUAUGGAUCCAUUUCGCUGUGCAAUAGAGAAUUACAAGCAAGUUGUCAUUGCGUAAGCAAAAAUUUCAUAUCUGAAGAGUUAAUUAAUGAAAUUGAACCAGUAUGUUAUACGCAUAUAGAUGAUGAACGGCUCUACUUCAAUGAAUCGGUUAAGAACAAAAAGAAAUCCCAAAAAAACGACAAUGAACUGAAUUUGCACAAUAAUUUCAAAUAUAGAUCAUAUGGUGGCAAGCAGGCAUAUACUUUUGUUCUAGCAAGACUCUUUGUGAUAUUUCUUAUUCUUAUAGUAGCCACAGUAAUUACGCUCAUUAUACUGUAUGCUAGUAAUCAAGGGGCUUUUUUAAAAGUACUUUAA